GGGCCUCCUGGUGUUGAUAACUGGGGGGCCUCGCUGACGCGCUACAUCAGGUGAAGAUGGCGGACGUGCUGAGUGUCCUCCGUCUGUAUGUAAGCCAGAAAAAAGAAAUAGUCUCAGAAGGAGAUGAAGUUAUAUUUGGAGAGUUCACCUGGCCGAAAAAUGUGAAGACCAACUUCGUAAUCCGGUGUAUUGGUAAAGAGGGGCAACCCAAAGAGUACUAUACUUUGGACUCUAUCUUGUUCUUGCUCAACAAUGUGCAUCUUCCGCAUCCAUCCUACGUGCGAAGAGCUGCAACUGAGAACAUCCCGGUUGUCAGACGACCCGAUAGAAAAGGCUUACUGUCUUAUCUGAAUGGCGAGAGUUCUACAUCGACCAGUAUUGACAGAAGUGCCCCUAUAGAAAUAGGUUUGCAAAGGCCAACACAAGUGAAAAGAGCAGCGGAUGAGGUAUCUUCCGAAGCCAAAAAACCCAGGAUUGAGGAUGAGGAACGAGUGCGUCUGGACAAGGAGCGACUGGCUGCCCGCCUUGAGGGUCACAAAGAGGGCAUCGUGCAGACUGACCAGAUCAGGUAUAAUGGACCUGCAAUAGCUGCAUAUGCAUAAUGGGCUUUCUGGCAACUAUCUCUAAAAUUGAUUAGGUCACUGUCUGAGGCCAUGUCGGUGUAGAAAAUCGCAGCCAUCAAGGCCAAGAUUAUGGCGAAAAAACGUUCCACCAUCAAAACGGAUCUGGAUGAUGACAUAACCCUGAAGCAGAGAAGCUUUGUGGACGCUGAGGUGGAUGUCACUAGAGAUAUCGUCAGCAGAGAGAGUUUGGAGGACCAGCACAACCAUUCUCCAGAGCACUGGGAAGGAUGAGGAACGUGUGCGUCUGGACAAGGAGCGACUGGCUGCCCGCCUGGAAGGUCACGAAGAGGGCAUCGUGCAGACUGACCAGAUCCGGGAUGAUGGACCUGUCCCGGCUGCGAACACCUAAUUGACUCAUACAGAAAGUCCAUUAUCUUUCCAGAGCUCAUUUUGAUGGGCGAAAAUGAUGCAAACGGGAUUAGAUUUCUUGUCUGUCAAUGCUGAUGUUUCAGUGAUCUCUUAAAAAACAGGAAAUUUUCUGUGAAUGCGGCUGUUACUGAAAAAUAUUCCACAGCUCUCUUUGAAAUGUUCUUCUCAUCUUAUUAAAGAAAGUUUAACAUUUGGAGCCCAAACUGGCAUCAUUCAGUAAUAAGAGAUUUGAAGAGACAAUUUUUAAGUAAGCUACAGCAAACAUGCAUAUGCUUUUUGCAAAAUCAAUGACCAAAAGAAAGAUUCAUUGUAUUUUUUUUCUUUCUGGCUUUGACCUUGAAGCUUUGAGUGUCAUUCGUAACCUAGCCCUUCAUCUGAUCUAGUUAAGUAAUUGGUCUCUUAAUCUUGACACUAGAGCAUAGACACUCUACACUUAACGUGUAGCGUUCUCUAAAACAGCACUAACUCAAAUAAUAUGACAUUUACUAUUCCAGUUUCCGUAUUUGUAUCCUGUAACUUACGAGUCAAUUGACAAAGUUUGCAGCUGGCUGGACAAACCUGGAAAUGCUUUCUAUAUUUACAUUCCUUACAUUUUAAAAGAAGGUUUAAAAUGUCAAAAGUUUAAGUUCAAACAGCAGUGUAUGUUAAAUGCUUUGAUGGUUCUUAGUGAGACACCAUCCAUUGAACACCAACUUCUGCUCAUGUAUAGUUAGAUGUUGGCAGAUUUAAUAAGAGGAACAAUGUACGAGUCGGUGUUUGAGGCUUGGUGCAACAUGUUUACUUUGGGAGGACUUGCAGUGGUUUCUUGUGUGAUUUUAGAUUUUUGGAUGUAACAGUUGAGGCAUUUUUGAAUUUGAAAACCUGUCCCCUGGGAUCUAAUGUAGCAUUGUUAUAAACUAUGAACAUGUAUAGUUUGAAAUACAGUAAGUGAAACAAAGAACCUUAAUUCAAAUAACUAAUGUAUUCUUUCACUGUGCAAAAAGUAAUUUAAUUUACUUUGUCAGAAAAUAUUUUUAUAGUUAUGUCACAACUCUUGCCUCUUUGGCUUACGGGAACAAUUUUUGUUAUAUUUAUUUUCCCCAUAGACAGUUUUAUUUUUGAACUGAGUAGUCUGUUCGGCCAUUGUUGACUGCAUUGAAUAAAAGAAUAUUGUUAGUGCUCUUAAA